AUGACGGUGGAUGCGUACUGCCAGUCUAUCAGUGUGUUCGAUUCGAUUUUAGCUAUUAGAAGCGCUCUAAAUUAUUCUGUGGCCUACCCAAAUAGUGAGCUUUUCGUCAUCACCACCGCUACUCCCAGCGAUGAAGCAAAUCGCCACGGAGCAGUCGAGCUUAUCAGUGACAUGCAUGUCCAUGUCAACUACAUCUAUGUGUCGACGAAAAUGUGCGCACCUCACGACUCAGUGAUGGCUGCAGUUGCCGCUACAGCCUACUCAUCCGGUGGAAGCUUGGCGAUCACUGAUCGCACAAACGUUCAGGAGUACCUGGCCGCCUUCCUUCCAACUCUCUACGGCAUCUCAACGAUCGCCAAUCCUACAUAUCCUGCCCAAUUCAAGUGUGCCGGUCACUCAGAUUUGUAUGUGCAAGUUGGCGAAGAUACUACCUCAAUUUUUGUCGCUGCCACAUCUCGAUAUGGAUCGAUUGGAGUGGUCAAUCCGUUGAAG